CUCUCUCUCUCUUUCUUGUUCCUAUCAUUUCCCGUAAUUCCAAUCUUAUCCCCGUCCCCUUCGCCGCACUAACUAGGGUUCCAUCUCUCUCUCUCUCCCUCUCUCGAUCGAUCGAUCGCUCGAUCGCCAUUGAUUUGAUCCGUGGAUGCGUUGUUAUUCGGCGGCGUGAUUGGUUUUCUCUGUGUUCUUUGCUAGAAUUAGAUCCGAAUCUGGCCCGAUCCGACCGAAUCAUGGCUCGUGCAACCCUACUUCUUCGCCACUCCAGCAAGCUGAGAAAUGCUCACAAUGUGCUACAACAUAAGCCUGCUGUUUUUACCCGUCAUCACUCCAGAGGUGCUGGCGCGCUUGUUGGAAAAGGAGAUGAUCUGUCAAGGUGUCGUCAACUUGAACAGCUGGGAAAUAGAGAUGCAUACUCAAGCACGAAGAGAAGCUCUGUAAAGGAUUUUGAUCUCUUCAAGGCACCUUUUCCGGUGGCAAACAUGAACCUUUACAGGAAAGUAACUCAUAUUGGCGGUUCAUCGGCCGGCGCCCUCUUCAAUAAUUCUUUGUCAUGCGUGCAGAUAGCUCCAAAGAGGUGCUUUUCUAGUAGCUCAGAUCUACCGCCGCAUCAAGAAAUUGGGAUGCCGUCACUUUCUCCUACCAUGACUGAGGGGAACAUCGCAAGGUGGCUCAAGAAGGAAGGCGAUAAAGUUUCUACUGGUGAAGUUCUUUGUGAAGUAGAAACUGAUAAAGCCACUGUUGAAAUGGAAUGCAUGGAGGAAGGUUAUAUUGCUAAAAUAAUACAUGGAGAUGGGGCUAAAAAUAUCAAAGUUGGAGAGAUUAUUGCCAUAAUCGUUGAAGAAGAGGAGGAUAUUGCAAAGUUUAAAGAUUACACAGUUUCAAAAUCUUCUCCCCCUCCCGAAGAAAAAUCUACAGCUGAACCUAAAGAACCAGAAGAGGAGCCAGAGCCUGCGAAAGCUCCUGAGACAACAGCAGCAAAGACUGAAGAUGUUUCCCGUGGAGAAGAUCGUAUUUUCGCAAGCCCUCUGGCAAGAAAGUUGGCGGAAGACAAUAAUGUACCUCUUGCGAGUUUAAAAGGAACUGGCCCUGAUGGGCGUAUAGUAAAAGCAGAUGUUGAAGAGUACUUGGCAUCUAGAGCAAAGGGUGCCGAGGUGCCGAAAACAGUUGCACCUCAAGGAUUAGAUUAUGUGGAUAUUUCAAACUCACAGAUAAGAAAGGUUACAGCUUCACGACUAUUGCUUUCAAAACAAACUAUUCCGCAUUACUAUUUGACAGUUGAUACUCGUGUUGACAAACUUAUGGAAUUGCGACAACAGCUAAAUUCGUUACAAGAAGCCUCCGGUGGGAAAAGGAUAUCCAUCAACGAUCUUGUCAUAAAGGCUGCUGCAUUGGCUCUUCGUAAAGUUCCCCAGUGUAACAGUUCCUGGAUGAACGAUUUCAUCCGCCAGUACUAUAACGUAAAUAUUAACGUCGCUGUACAAACUGAUCACGGAUUAUUUGUUCCGGUUAUCAAGGAUGCGGACAAAAAGGGGCUUUCUACGAUAGCAGAAGAGGUGAAACAGCUGGCCCAGAAAGCCAAGGAUAACAGUCUGAAGCCAGAAGAUUAUGAGGGAGGCACAUUUACUGUAUCUAACCUGGGAGGCCCAUUUGGAAUCAAACAAUUUUGCGCCAUCAUAAAUCCUCCUCAAUCGGGCAUUUUGGCUAUCGGCUCUGCCGAGAAAAGGGUAAUUCCUGGUUCCGGUCCGGAUCAGUUCGAGUUCGGCUCCUUCAUGUCGGUCACACUGAGCUGCGACCAUCGUGUUAUUGACGGUGCCAUCGGCGCGGAGUGGUUGAAAGCAUUCAAAGGCUACGUCGAGAACCCGCAUUCGAUGUUGCUGUAAACCUAAAAAACGCGUCGGAGAUUUUUAUUUUUAUUGUUUCCUUUUUGGAGGUUUAACAAAUAAGGCUCCGUAUUAUCCUCGCCAAAUUCUUUUGUUGCUGUCCUCUCUCUUUCCCUUGGAUUGUGGUUUUUGGUGUAUAAUUUCGGCGUGGCCUCGACUGAGGAACUGAGAACUAACAGAGAGCUGUAGAGCCAAAACUAGCUUUUACACAUGAUGCCUCUUAUCUGCCCAGAAAAGUGUUGGUUUCUUUUCUAUCCCUGUGGUUUGUAGGGAGAGAGCUGCA